UGCUGGAAAACCCGGCACAAACAAAACCUACGACGAAAUGAGCAGCUACUAGCAAAAAAACGACUAACUACAGUUUUAUGGACACAAAAUAAAAAUGCUCUCUACAGGAGAUGUGCAAGGUGGUCUUCGGAAACUGGAAACUCUGCUUCGUGUGAUAAAGUUUCCAGGGCAUGUCGACUACACUGGUCUUUCAAAGGGAGAUCCCUCUGCUUUUCUCCCAAUAGUCAGCUACUCUUUCACUUCAUUCUCUCCGCAAUUUUCUGAGCAACUAGUGGCAGCUGGACUGGAACUGACUGGCAAAACCGACCUCCGAUUCACUGAAACAGUGUAUAAGAUACUACGAGACAUCUUCCAAUAUAAACCCAUAUUAACCAAGCAGCAAUUCCUCCAGUGGGGAUUCUCCCAAAGGAAAAUCUCUGUUGUCUGUGAUAUCAUCAACUUGGUUCUGCAGAGACAUAAUCAACUGAAGAAGCCUAAAGUCAGAUGUCCUGUUGCACACAAGGAUGGGAGAUUAGAAACACAUCCACCUCUGUCUGAUCCAGAUAAAGCAUUACCUAGCAUGACCUAUGUUGUUGUGAAUCACAUAGAAAACCCUUGCACUCUCCCCACAACAAACUCCUCCCAUAAGGAAACUCUCCCAUCCCAACUUGACACCUAUGCUUCCCACAUGGACACACACUCCUCUGAUUCUCCUGAACAUGGGAUCACGGACACAACAGAAGAAGAGGACAAAGCUGAUAAUCCACAUUCUGUAGAAGUGGAAGAAAGGCUGUCGGCUCUAGAAACCCAACUAGAGAGUGUUUUUUCUGGGCUAGACAGAUUGAGCAUCAUGGAGAAGCGCCUGGAGGAACUCGAAAGAUGGAGGAACAAAGACAAGAUCGAAGAACAGGUCAUCACCAUAUCCAGAGAGACAUGGGAAAAUCUGCAGAGUCGAGUCCUGUUGUUGGAAACUAAACUGGAGCUAAGGAGUACACAGGGUCAGAAAACUUUCACUAAGGAAGUUGAAGAAGAGGAAUUUCAUAAGUGUAACCCUCCACCUCCAUGUGCCCCCUCCACGUCCUCCUUCAUCUCCAGUUCAUUGUCUGAUGUUUCACAGAGGGAUCUGAAGGACAGGCUUGACAGGAUCGCCAAUAUGUUGAAGAGCACCUCCAGUCUACUGAAGAACACCCAGACCACCCCAGCAGCCUGCAGUUAAACGCACAUACACCACUGUUAUCAGACACACAAACAGAGAAACUGCUGCAGAUGCUUCUAACACAUACUGGGAAAUACUGACGCCAUGAAAAUCCAUGUGCAACGAUGAAUGGAUCAUUACAGUAAAUCUGAUAUUUUUAACAAUUAUUCUGCACAAUCACAGAUAUUACUCUUAACAAUGUCAUUUAAAGUGCCUGGUGAAUGUGUUAUACUUGGUUUGAUUUGGAUUAUAUCCGCAUUUCCUCACUUCAAUUUCUCAAAUUUCCUCAAAAAUCAAGCGUAGAGCAGUUUGAAUGUUAAAUAGUCUUAACAUGAGGUCCAUUCUGCUGGUUCCAAAUUAAUAAUGACCUUUAAAUGUGUGUGUUGUUUCCGUUGCUUUAAG